AUUGUGAAACGUCUUCCUCCCGGAAGUGUUCCUGGUGGCAGCAGAGUGGAGCUCAGCUGUUCUGGGACCAGCAGUGUGCUGUUACUCCUCUAAUGGCGCCUUGUGUCCACUGUGUCUCCUCCUAGCUACACCCUCGCCGCCUCCUGCUCCCCCCUCGCCGCCUCCUCCUCCCGCAGCGGGCCGCAGUGAGCGCUUCUCGGCGGCUGUGCUCGGCCGUCGUGUGCAGGAUGGUGGUGUCCACAUCCCAACAAGUCGCCCUGGCUUUCACCGCCGUGCUCUUCACCUUCGUCGUCCUGCCGAGGAUGUUCGGCGUCGGCAGCGGGACCGCGGCCAAAGACACGAGGUUCGAUUCCCGCUACUCCAGGAAAGGUCCGGGUCCAGGCGGAGUCCGAGGUCAGCCCAUCAACGUGAACGGCCCCGGCGCUCCUCAGACCGCUGAGAACGUGCAGCAGAUGAAGAAGCUGAUGGAGCAGGAGCUGAAAACGGACAAGUUCAAGUCCAACAACAACAACAAGGGCUACGUGUUCACACUGAUGCCUCUGUACGCCAUCGGAGUCGGAGUGUUUGCAGCCUACAAGUUUCUGAAGAUCAAGUCGGCAGACGACCAGGCACAAAGAGACAAAUUAUCAAAAGGGGCCAAAAAAUCAGUGGAGGCAGAAAACCAGUUGAACGAGCUGGAACAAAGACUUGCGCAGACUGAGAGGAUGCUCAACUCCAUCCUCACACAGCUGGACCCGCUCACUAACUGUGUGAAGUCAGUGGCCCAGGAGCAGAAAAACGAGAUCAUGUCUCAACUACAAACCAUCCGCUACCUGAUGAAGAAGAGAGGCAUGGACUGUCCACCGCUGAACAUCAACGAGGCCUCCUGUGAGCGUAACCUGGAUCACCUCAUCGAGUCCCUUGGGGCCAAUGACUUCUCUGCAGCGGAUGCUUCGUUGAGGAAGAGUGAGGCCUCUGGAGCAGCAGAGACCUCGGAAAAAGACUAUCAGAAGAACUCAGAAGCGAAAGAUGAAGCUGCAACAGAAGGUGAAGAGAUGAAGGAGCUUGUACCAGAGGAAUCUGAUGGGGAAGCAGAAAAAGGAGAUAUGUUGGAGGAUGAGAAGGAGCAGGAGGAGGAGGUGGAAGAAGAAGAAGAGGAGGAAGAAGAAGAGGAGGAAGAAGAGCAGGAAGAAGGACUGGAGGACCGUGAGCUCAUGCCUUCAUUAGAGGACUCUUAUGAGCCAAACACUGAGGAGGUGCCGUCUGCAUCCGGCCUCAGGCGACGCAACAGGCCUGAAUGACACGAUGCGCGACUUCUGCACUGAAUAGAAAUGUAAUAGGUUAUUCUGAAUAUUUAUUAUCUGAAAGGCUUUCCUUCCAAAAUGCUGUGUACUUAUUCAUCACAGACACAUAAGGCAUUAACAAGAAGCAUUAACCUCAUAUCCUAUAUCAUAGACAUUGGGCUAUAUUUUCCUGCUAUGGACACAAAGACAAGCACAAACUAUAGAUCUUGUACACACCACAAGGUAUAUGCAAGUGCAUGUGCUAUUUUUAGUUCUAAGCCUAGAGUGUGCUUCAAUAUCAUGGUUUUCUAUAGUAUCAAACUAACCCAGUGAUAGUUGGUUAUAGAUCUAUGGGUGCAUUGUGAACAGAAACGGCCAAUUGUCAGCAGCCAGUUUGACAAAAUGUUGAACUAAAAUAACACAGCAUAUACAAACUUAACUCAAGCUGCACCAAAUAUCGCACACUCUUAGAUAAAACUCCCUUAAAUGUCCCUGUUUUUUUUAACCAAGAUCCAUGAUUUAUUCUUUAACAAAUCAUUGAAAAUGAUUAAAAAAAAAAACUAUUUCUCAAUGUUAAAGAAAGUCAAAAGAAGAUCCUGGAUGUAUCCCCUGAUCUGGAUUUGCAACCAGAAUGUAAUGGAUUCUUCCCUGACUCGUUCCACAUCCUCCACAGAGUUUUGUGAUGAUCACUCUAGUUGUUUUUUUUUGCAUAAUCCUGCUAAAUAAUACAAGUUAUGAAAAUGUAGUGUUUGGUUUUAGGUGUCUGUGUCGUUUUUUUUAGUUUAGUUUUAAUCACCUGCUGCAGAGCCUUCCCAUCCUCAUGCUGCUGUAUCCAUCUUUUCACAGUAAUGAGGCUCAGAUGGGCUCCACUGCUUGGGGAUGCAGUUGCCCACAGAGACUUUGAAACUUUGGAAACAUCUGCUCUAAGAUAUCAAAGCUACUGCUGAAUCUAGAAAUACCAGUUUAUGUGUGGGGAAAUAGUUUGUAUCCCUCAGAAAAACCAAUGCCUUGUGAUGCCUCAUUAGCAGGAUGGGACUGCACCGUGUUGGCUGCACUGGGCACAAACAUCCAGAAGAGCUGUAAAUAUCACAGGGUGUUUAACGAUGGGGAAAACGCCAACAUAGCUCCUUUUACUAUUGCUUGUUGUUUUACUCUUUGUGCUCACAUGAAAAUAGAGCCCACUGUCCUGUAGUCUCCUGUUGUCAGUCAUUUUAUAAUAAUAAUUAUCACAUUUUAAAUCAGAAUUACCAUAUUUAUUUUUAUCAGCACAGACAUCGAUUCAAGUUUUUAACCUGUCAGAAAAAGCCAAACAUUUCAAAACAUCUAUUCUCCAGG